CACAAAGAGGUUUUAGCAUGUUGAAAUUCGUUAUGGUAUGGCAGUGAAAGGAAGAGAGAUGAAUUAUGAUUUUGCUUCUCCUUGUUCUUCACCACCGACACCGUCAUCUCCGCUUCCAGUCAGUGUAGAUGUGGGACAAGAGAGGUAUUAUUUCUCUCAUUCUUCAUCUGAUUCUGCUCCUCCAUCUCCGCCUUUUUCGCCUCUCUCUAACAAACAUUGUUCAUCACCUGAAGUCAGUCCUUUAUUUCAACACUCUCGACAGUUCAAUGCCUACAGACAAUCGACCAUGUCAUUGGGAUGGGAUAAUCUUAGACAACCAUCAGUCUUUUCUCUAGAUCAAGAACCGCACAAGGAAAAUACAGGCUACAAGGAGAGUUCGUGUUUGAACAACUUGAUGAAGUGGCUCUUCCUCGAGUGUUGCAGGAUGAAGUGGCUCUUCCUCAAGUGUUGCAACUGGUGCUCUCGGCUUACUGCUCUCCCAUCAAAACCAGAAGAAUCAGAUCAUCCUUUCGAAGAUAGCUUACAUUGGAAACUUUAACAUACAUUUUAUGUUUUAUCACCUUCUAGUUCUAGUAGUAGUGUGCAAUGUCCAAAAACUACAUUAAAUAUUAUGUGCAUUUCAAAAUCAGACUAUUGGAUACACUUUCCACUGAGUACCAUUUAUGUGUAAGAUACCUUAAGACUGCAUGUACCACAUCUGAUAAUACUAAUACAGUGAAUAUUGAGAAACAGCCAAUCCACUUUUGUUC